GGCCAUAAGAAAAUAUCAACCAAUGGAGUACCUUUUUUUUGUGCUCCUAAUUUCUUUUACUUGGGCAUGUCUACACGUGCCCAUCGCAUCCAUUCUACUUCGCCGGAAGUCCGGUUGCACCGUCCUCCCACCUGGCCCUCGCCAAUUGCCGAUCAUUGGAAACAUAUUAGCCCUCGGUGACAAGCCCCACCGAACACUUGCUAACCUCUCACAAACUUAUGGACCUUUACUGACCCUCAAGCUUGGUAGGAUAACCACAAUAGUCAUCUCCUCUCCGAAUAUUGCCAAAGAAGCAUUACAGAAACAUGACCAAGCCUUGUCCAGCAGAACAGUCCCAGAUGCUCUUCGCGUACACCACAAAAAUUCAAUGAUAUGGUUGCCUGCGUCGACUCAUUGGAAAUUUCUCAGAAAACUCACUGCCACACAAAUGUUCACUUCGCAAAGGCUUGAUGCCAGCCGAGCCCUCCGUGGAAAAAAGGUUCAAGAAUUGCUAGAAUAUGUUCAUGAAAACUGUAACAAUGGACAUGCUGUCGACGUUGGUAGAUCUGUUUUCACAACUGUCCUUAAUUUAAUUUCAAACACCUUCUUCUCUCUUGAUGUAACCAAUUACAAUUCUGAUUUGUCUCAAGAGUUCAGCGAUCUUGUGGUGGGUGUCAUGGAACAAAUUGGCAAGCCAAAUAUUGCCGACUAUUUCCCAAUACUUCGAUUAGUAGAUCCACAAGGUAUAAGACGAAAGACGAAUAAUUAUUUGAAAAGAUUAACUCAAAUUUUUGAUAGCAUCAUCAAUGAGAGGACACGACUACGUUCUUCUUCGGUUGCAUCCAAGGCAAGCCAUGAUGUACUCGAUGCCCUGCUGAUUCUAGCCAAAGAAAACAAUACUGAAUUGAGCUCCACUGACAUACAGGUUUUGCUUCUGGAUUUUUUCAAUGCGGGCACUGACACUACCUCAAGCACAGUGGAGUGGGCAAUGACAGAGUUAUUACUGAACCCUGAUAAAAUGGUCAAAGCCAAAAAUGAGCUCCAAGAAAUCGAAGGACCAGUUCAAGAAUCAGACAUCUCCAAGUGUCCUUACCUUCAAGCAAUAGUCAAAGAGACAUUUCGGCUGCACCCACCAGCACCACUCCUGCUGCCCCGGAGAGCCGUAUCCGAAGUAGAGAUGCAAGGCUUCACAGUGCCCAAAAAUGCACAAAUACUAAUCAAUAUUUGGGCAAUAGGAAGAGAUCCAGCCAUAUGGCCAGAUCCUAAUUCGUUCAAGCCUGAAAGGUUCUUAGAAUGCCAAGCCGACGUGAAAGGAAGAGAUUUUGAGCUAAUUCCAUUUGGAGCAGGAAGAAGGAUUUGCCCUGGAUUGCCUCUGGCCCACAAGAUGGUGCAUUUGACGUUGGCAUCUCUCAUCCACUCUUUUGAUUGGAAGAUUGCUGAUGACUUGACACCAGAGGAUAUAAACACGAGUGAAACGUUUGGGCUUACAUUACAUAAGAGUGAGCCUCUCCGGGCUAUACCCAUGAAAACGUGAACUUAUUUCUCUAAAAUGUUACCAUGGCCUCUGGGACGAGGUAUGAGAUAUUAUUACGUUCUAUUCCCAUUGCUGGAUUUGGACAGGGUACGCCUUGUAACUAACCGGGAGAACUGUUUCCCGAAAUUAGAAAUAUAAAAUAAAAAACAGAGCUGUCCAAAUUUUAGAUUUAAUGUAGAUUGGUGGUUUUAGAUGUCGAUUGUAUUGGUUGUAGUAAAGGCUCUAUUUGUGGGUUAAGCGUUGUUAAUUGGA